GAGAUCACAUGACUGUGUAGAAACAUGAAACUUGCCUGUGUGCUCCUGCGAGUUUUACUUCUCCCAGAGUAGGAGCGGAGCGCUCCCGGCGGGACUGGGCAUUCACUCUCCCGGGAUAGACUCUCCCGGGCUCGACUCCCCGGGCUCAUCCUCUGCUCUUAACCAGAGGCUCUCCGUACCACUGUCCAUUAGUGUCGAGACUGACUAAUGUUGCCCCAGGAGGGUUUUUGGUCUACCUGGUGAUUGGGAAAAGAAAAAGAAAAAUGGAGAGGUUUAAUAGGAUAGCAGUGCCAGCUGGGCAGAAGUUGAGGCAACUUCAAAAGGUCUUCCAUGGUAUUACAAACAAUGAAGGCGGAAUAAUGAACAAAAUCAAAAAGUUAAAAAAUAAAGCACCACCCAGUGUGCCUCAAAGAGAUUAUGUUUCAGAAAGUCCGGCUGAUGAAGAGGAACAGUGGUCAGAUGACUUUGACAGUGAUUAUGAAAAUCCAGAUGAACCCUCUGAUUCAGAGACCUAUGUGGUACCUGGGGAAGAAACUACAGAUGACAGCUAUGAACCUCCUCCUACAGAAAAAGAAAAAAGGAAGCUUCCCCCUCCACUUCCAUUUUCCAAAGGAGAAUAUGCAGAUAAUCGAUCAAACCAGAGACAUUCUCCACCUUUCAGCAAGACACUUCCAAAUAAAGCAAGCUGGCCUUCCCAGAAAACAACACUCUCCUCUUUGCAGGUACCUCUUCCGCAGAAGCCUCAGCUCUCACCAAAGUCAAAAAACUGCUUGGAAGAUGAGACUGAUUAUGUGGUUCCUGUUGAGGAUGAAGAUGAAAACUACAUCCAUCCUACAGAAAGCAAUUCACUGCCAUCUGAGCAAGCUCCCAAGGUGAACAGAUCCAUCAAACCUUCUAGUUCUGCACCACCAACCUCUCCUCCACCCAUACCUGCUUUAGCCCCAGGAGAAGAGUAUGAGGUUCCUGUGACUGAGACACCACCUCUUUCCCCAUACCAAAAACCACCCAUCAAAACCCGUGAUAGCAGCAAUUCCACGGCUCAGGAAUCCAAGCCUCCUUCAUCAAUUCAGGCCCCAUCACCUCUCCCAAGGGCCAUGAAGAAAACAGCAACUCAACUGAAGACAGCCCCAGGUCUCCCUCCACCGAACACCUUGAGUGGUCAUGAAGAAAAGCCCAUACCUGCUGAACGUCACCGAGGCCGAGCCCCUGGCCCGAGGCUGGACCUCCCACGCCCAUCUACACUUCCCAGUGUCAACAAACCAAUCCAACAGAAACCUGUACCUCCACCAAAGCCUCCAGAGGUGUUAAGUCCCAGUACGGAUAUUCCAUUACCCAACUUUCCAGCCAAUUCCUGUUUGUCAGAUCAGGAAGCUGAAGUUCACUGCAGACCAUGGUAUGCUGGUUCCUGCGAUCGAAAAUCAGCAGAGGCCGCAUUAUACAAAUCCAACAAGGAUGGAUCAUUUCUUAUAAGGAAAAGCUCUGGUCACAACUCCAAGCAGCCAUAUACAUUAGUGGUAUUCUAUAACAGAAGGGUUUAUAACAUCCCUGUGCGGUAUAUUGAAUCAACAAAACAAUAUGCUUUGGGCAGUAAGAAAAAUGGUGAAGAGCACUUUAACAGUGUGGCUGAUAUAAUAAAGAAUCACCAACAUACACCUCUGGUUCUCAUCGACAGUCAGAACAACACCAAAGAUUCCACUAGACUGAAAUAUGCUGUUAAAGUUUCAUAGGAAACAAGAAGAGAAACAAGAUUAGCACAGUUGCCUCAGAUGUCCCCAAUUCCCAAGUGUUUUAGUGAAAUGAGAAACAUUCUCAAGGCCACUCUUGGAUCACAGCUCAUGCACCAUGGACUGAGGCAGCUGGCACAGAGGACACCAUUCCUUCAGAAGGAGAUCUUGGAGAUUGUAUUGUCUAUCGUUUCUGAAGAUGACGCUGUAAUAUACAGUGAGGUUGAGCUGUUAUCACCAUUACUGUAAUGGACUCCAAACUAGACUGCAAGAAGCAGUUAGAGAAUGAGAAUUUUCAAUCAUUCAAUUAUAAAUUCUCUUCUAUUGAUCCAUUUUCAGCAGAAGAAAAUAAAGCCAUCUAGCAAACAAGGUUACUAAGAAACUGAGGCUGGGAAGAAAGAGCACUAAACUCAUAUGGCUGAGAUAUCCUAGGCAUCUUUUCUCAAACCCUGACAAUCACUAAAAGAAAAAAAAGAUCAAAAUGUUGUAAGGUGAUGUAUUCUAGAUUGUAUAUAGCAGGCAUGUAUUAUUGAGUGAUUGCUAUCACCCGGCAACACUCAGUUCCUCCCACAAGGCGUACAAGACCAUAGUGUGGAUGUACCCUGAAUCAUGGGGUCAGUUUUCUAAGAAAUCAUUGUUAAUUUCAGGGUUGGUUUGGGUUGUUCUACUCAUUAAAGAAACAGUCAUUCUUC